CCAUAAGCUUCCCUCCUCCUUAAUUCCCUCUAAUUUUUUCAUAACUGAUUUUUCGUUAGUGUGGUCCCCCUCCCCCUCCCCCUCCCCGGAUCCGGCGCUGCAUUUAACAGCUACGUGCAGGCUGCAUCGCACACUUCACCGGCAUUCUCUGCUGAGGAGCAACUACAAUCACAAUUCACAAUCAGAUUCCCCACAGGCACGAUGCGGAAGUUAUCUUCAAUGGCGAUGUUUAUAAAAUUUAUGACGGACUCCAUCAAAAAAGCAGAGAAACGGACAUUGCUGGUGCUUGAUGUUGGGGAAGAGCAUAUGGGGUAUUCUAUAAUAUACCCCCAUCAGUCUAGGUUCAAGCUCCCAAUUACUCCGACGGGGGCUUUCCGGAGGGGGAGGACCCGGCCCACUUGCAAGCUUUUCUGAAGCGGGUAAUGGCCCAUUUUUAAAAGCCUUUAUCCAUCUAAAUUUUAACGCUCUUCGCCUUUGCUUUCCACUUGCCCAUUACCUUCUACCGCCGAUUGAAGUUUCCUCGCCGCCCUCCGCCCCACACGAUACACUACCCACCUCUUUCUUCAUCCCCACUUCACCAUUUUUGUCUCGAUUCUUUUGCCUGUUCGAAGCGCUAUGUGUUGUUUUUUUUUUUUGGGAUUAAUUUACAAGUUAGUGUGUAUAUUUGUUUUUUUCAAAAAAAAAAAAGGGUUACUUAUUUUUUUUUCUACUUCAAAUUGAACUACAUGCUGUUCAUUCUUUGCUAAUAUUUGGUUGUUUGAAAUUGUUCCUCAAUUGUAACUUGUUUGUUUGUGUCUGAAAAAGUUUGUGGUGUAUAGUUUGAUUUUAAACCUGCAUACCUGUUCUCUUUGUUCUAUUUGGAUUUGGAUUAAAAUAGUAAUUUCUCUUUUGGUUUUGAUGAGAAUAUAUGUUGGUCUUAUAGAAUAGACUAGACUAUUCUAUAAGACCAACAAUAUAUACUUGGUUUCUAUGGAAUUGUGAUGGAAUAUUCAGGUUUCGAAUAUUAAAUUACCUAAAGAGAUUGCAUCUCAUGUUUGUGUUUUAAUACGUUUAAAAUUUUCAGGUGGUAAUAAAAUUGUAUCCUAUUUACCUAAAGCUGAAUUUCUUCGUCUGA